AUGUUGCCUCCCUCUGGAGGUGAUGAUGAUGACGACAAUGAAACGACAGCAGAUGUGGAGGAGCACAUGGAAGGAGAGAAAAAGGAUUGCCGUUACAAGCGAAAAUGCGAGUUCCAGGAACUAGUUGAUCAGAAGAAGAAGAAGCGAUGGCUGGAACAAUGGCUUUAUUCGCCUGACGUUUCGGAUUCUCUCUUGAAUCCAUCCUCAGAGACAGUUGCAGAAAAGGGUGGCUAA